CUUCAGCAAAACCAUAGUUCACCACCCUUCGGCAUCCCCUUUUGUAAACGAGCCAUGGUCGAGCUCGGUUUGUGUCACUUUGAUGACGACUCGUAUCAUUUCGACACAGGGGGCGAGGACGACCUCUUCCCUGAUUUGGCCGCCGGCGAUGGAUCUCUCUCCGCCACCACAACUUUUCUCCCUGCUGCUGAUACCGAUCUCUACUUCAGUGAGCCGGGCGACGAAAACCUUUGCAAGACCUUAUCCGAUCCAACUCUACUACCAUUAGAGGCAGCAAUGGUGGAACGUAGUAGUCAACUUCCCGAAGGUGCCGAAGAUCAAAUUGCUCCAAAUUACAUAUUUUUCCAAAUAAUGGGAAAGGACAAACCAGGCCAAGUAAGGAUGAUGGACAAGGGAGUGUGUCCAACAGACCGUUUGCUCUGAUAAUUUGUUAGGAUCGUCGACUGCAACAAACGUUUGAUAUUGUCCGCUUUGGG